AUGGCGCAAGACAAAGCUACAAAAUUCAGGACACAAGAAGCGAUGGUUAGGAUAAGAAAGCCUAGAGAAUUCAUCGUGGAAGUUUCGAGAAAAAUCAAAUGCUGCUUUACACAACAGCAAGAAUCCAGUUUCAAGGCUCCUUCAACGAACGCAACCAAAAAUAAAUAUAAUAAAAAAGGAUGUGCAGCACCGAGAGACAAAAUGACGAAUCUCCUUAACCAAGAAGAAGAUUUGUUGAAAUCCCCUUGUUUCUAUUGGCCCGAUGUCGACUCAAAGGAGAGCAUCACGCUUCUUGAAAAUGCUCGCGACGGUACAUUCCUUGUACGCAAAAGUUCACAUCCUGCCCACAAAUACACAUUAACCUACAACAGAAAGGGCAAAGUCGCAAGCGUCAGGUUGCAAUACUGCAGCAAGACAGCGAUGUAUUGCCUCAAUUUCUCCAACACGGAUUUCCCCCGAAAGGCUUCAAUACGCGAACUUAUUGAUGCGUUGGUGGGACAAAGUAUUUCGAUGAAAUUGGAAAAUGAUCCAGCUGAAAAACAUUCUUGCAUGAAACUUGAGCAUCCACUCUAUAGAGUGACGUCACUGAAAGAGCAAUGUAGGGCGAGGGUGAUCACUAGUUUUUCAGCGGCUGAGAGGAUAGAGUUGGUGGAAAACGAGCUUCCCAUGGAAUUGAUCGAAUACUUGAGAUAG